CUGCCCUCUUUCCCUCCCUCCGUGGCUGCCUCCUCGUUCCCUUCCUUCCUUCCUUCCUUCCUCCCUCCCUCCCUUCGCCCAGCGCCACGAUGGCCUCCUCCGCCGGCAACACGGCCUCCUCCUCCUCCUCGUCCGGCUCGGCCUCCUCCGCCUCCUCGUCCGCGGCGCCCGCCCUCCAGCGCGGCAUCGUCAAGAUGGUUCUGUCCGGCUGCGCCAUCAUCGUCCGGGGCCAGCCACGUGGGGGCCCCCCUCCGGAGAGGCAGAUCAACCUGAGCAACAUCCGGGCGGGGAAUCUUGCACGCCGUGCGGCUGCAGGGCAACCCGACAGCAAGGACACGCCGGACGAGCCCUGGGGUUUCCCUGCCCGGGAGUUCCUCCGGAAGAAGCUCAUUGGGAAGGAGGUCUGCUUCACGGUGGAGUACAAGACCGCGCAAGGCCGGGAGUACGGCAUGGUGUACCUGGGCAAAGACACAACCGGGGAGAACAUUGCAGAGUCGCUGGUGGCGGAAGGGCUGGCCAGUCGCCGGGAAGGAAUCCGUGCCAACAACCCCGAACAGAGCCGCCUGGCUGAGCUGGAGGAGCAGGCCCGGACGGCCAAGAAGGGCAUGUGGAGCGAGGGCACCGGCUCCCACACCGUCCGGGACCUCAAGUACACCAUCGAGAACCCCCGGCACUUUGUGGACUCCAUGCACCAGAAGCCCGUGAAUGCCAUCAUCGAACACGUCCGCGACGGCAGCGUGGUGCGCGCCCUCCUCCUGCCCGACUACUACCUGGUCACCGUCAUGCUUUCUGGCAUCAAGUGCCCCACCUUCAAGCGAGAGGCAGACGGCACAGAGACCCCGGAGCCCUUUGCGGCCGAGGCCAAGUUCUUCACAGAGUCCCGGCUCCUGCAGAGAGACGUGCAGAUCGUCUUGGAGAGCUGCCACAACCAGAACAUCCUGGGCACCAUCCUCCAUCCGAAUGGGAACAUCACGGAGCUGCUCCUGAAAGAAGGCUUUGCUCGCUGUGUGGACUGGUCCAUCGCUGUCUACACCCGGGGGGCUGAGAAGCUGCGAGCGGCAGAGAGGUUUGCCAAAGAGCGCAAGCUGAGGAUCUGGAGGGACUACGUGGCUCCGACGGCCAACCUGGACCAGAAGGACAAGCAGUUUGUGGCCAAGGUGGUGCAGGUGCUCAACGCAGACGCCAUCAUCGUGAAGCUCAACUCGGGGGACUACAAGACCGUCCACCUCUCCAGCAUCCGCCCCCCGCGGCUGGAAGGCGAAGGCACCCAGGACAAGAACCGGAAGCUGCGCCCGCUCUACGACAUCCCCUACAUGUUUGAGGCCCGGGAGUUCCUCCGGAAGAAGCUGAUUGGCAAGAAGGUGAAUGUCACCGUGGACUACAUCAGGCCGGCCAGCAGUGCCACGGAAACGGUGCCUGCCUUCUCCGAGCGCACAUGCGCCACGGUCACCAUCGGUGGCAUCAACAUCGCAGAAGCCCUGGUCAGCAAGGGUCUGGCCACUGUCAUCCGCUACCGCCAGGACGAUGACCAGCGCUCCUCCCACUACGACGAGCUCCUGGCUGCCGAGGCACGGAGAUGUGUCUCUGUCUAUGGGGAGUGGGAGGGGGUGCGUUUGGGCCUUGAUGGCAAACGGAGGGGGCAUCAGCCCCACGGAGCAGCAGCAACAGUGAUGUCGUGGGUGCCUUGCCCUUGCCCUGUGUCCACUCACCUUUCUGUCCCUCCCUCCCUCCCUCCCUCCCUCCCUUUGCAGGACACCCAGAAGUCCAAGCAGUUCCUGCCCUUCCUGCAGCGGGCCGGGCGCUCGGAGGCGGUGGUGGAGUACGUCUUCAGCGGCUCCCGCCUCAAGCUCUACCUGCCCAAGGAGACCUGCCUCAUCACCUUCCUGCUCGCAGGCAUCGAGUGCCCCCGCGGAGCCCGGAACCUGCCCGGCCUGGUCCAGGAGGGCGAGCCCUUCAGCGAGGAGGCCACGCUCUUCACCAAGGAGCUGGUGCUGCAGAGAGAGGUGGAGGUGGAGGUGGAGAGCAUGGACAAGGCGGGCAACUUCAUCGGCUGGCUCCACGUCGACGGGGCCAACCUCUCUGUGGCGCUGGUGGAGCAGGCCCUCUCCAAGGUCCACUUCACGGCCGAGCGCAGCAACUACUACAAGUCCCUGGUGGCCGCGGAGGAGGCCGCCAAGCAGCGGAAGGAGAAGGUGUGGUCACAGUACGAGGAGCCCCCCCUGGAAGACGUGGUGGACGUCCCCGAGGAGAAGGAGCGCACGGCCAACUACAAGCCCGUCUUCGUCACGGAAAUCACAGACGACCUCCACUUCUACGUGCAGGACGUGGAGACCGGGACCCAGCUGGAGAAGCUGAUGGAGACCAUGCGGAGCGAGAUCGCUGCCCACCCGCCCGUCGAGGGGUCCUACACGCCGCGCCGCGGGGACUACUGCAUCGCCAAGUUUGUUGACGGAGAGUGGUACCGCGCUCGUGUGGAGAAGGUGGAGUCCCCGGCCAAGGUGCACGUCUUCUACAUCGACUACGGCAACAAGGAGACGCUACCCUCCAUCCGCCUGGCCGCGCUGCCCCACGCCUUCAGCACCCGCGCCCUGUCGGCCCAGGCCACCGAGUACAAGUUCGCUUUCAUCCAGGUGCCUCAGGAUGAGGAGGCGCGUGCGGACGCGGUGGACAGCGUGGUGCGGGACAUCCAGAACACGCAGUGCCUGCUGAACGUGGAGCACGCCGGGCCCAGCUGCCCCCACGUGACCCUCCAGUUUGCGGACUCCAAGGGCGACGUGGGGCUGGGGCUGGUCAAGGAGGGGCUGGUCAUGGUGGAGCCCCGCAAGGAGAAGCAGUUCCAGAAAGUGGUGACGGAAUACCUGAACGCACAGGAGGCGGCCAAGAGCGCCCGGUUGAACUUGUGGCGCUACGGAGACUUCCGGGCCGACGACGCGGACGAGUUUGGCUACAGCCGCUGAGCCACGGUCCCUUGCCUCCCCCCCCCCCCACUCUGGCCCUGGCCCCCCUCCGGGAAGGGGUUGGGGAGGGUCCCAGAGCGAAUGGACUUGCCGGCCCCCCCAUGGCCCCCUCUUUGGGCACGCGGUUAGUGGGGGGGGGAGGUGGUGGUGAUGUUGUGCGCAAAGCUUUGUACGCAAAUAAAAUUAGUAAGAAGCUGG